GUCGCCGUUAACCGACGUCAAACACCAUCCAACAUGGCUGACAACGCUGCCCCUGCCGCCGCUGGCGCUGCCCCCUCUCGUGGAUUCGGCUCUCGUGGCCGUGGUGACCGUCGCGGUCGUGGAAGAGGCCGCCGUGGAGCCAAGGACUCCGAGAAGCACGAGUGGCAGCCCGUCACCAAGCUCGGCCGUCUCGUCAAGGCCGGCAAGAUCACCAGCAUGGAGCAGAUCUACCUGCACAGCUUGCCCGUGAAGGAGUACGAGAUCAUCGACUUCUUCCUCCCCAAGCUCAAGGAUGAGGUCAUGAAGAUCAAGCCCGUCCAGAAGCAGACCCGUGCCGGUCAGCGUACCCGCUUCAAGGCCAUCGUCAUUAUCGGUGACUCUGAGGGCCACGUCGGUCUCGGUAUCAAGACCUCCAAGGAAGUCGCCACUGCCAUCCGCGCCGCCAUCAUCAUUGCCAAGCUCAGUGUGCUCCCCGUCCGCAGAGGUUACUGGGGUACCAACCUCGGUGAGCCUCACUCUCUGCCCGUCAAGCAGAGCGGAAAGUGCGGUUCCGUCUCCGUCAGACUUAUCCCUGCCCCCCGUGGUACCGGCCUCGUUGCCUCCCCUGCCGUUAAGCGUCUGCUCCAGCUUGCCGGUGUCCAUGACGCCUACACCUCGUCUUCCGGUUCGACCAAGACCCUCGAGAACACCCUCAAGGCCACUUUCCUCGCCGUUGGCAACACCUACGGCUUCCUCACCCCCAACCUGUGGAAGGAGACCAAGCUCAUCCGCAGUCCUCUGGAGGAGUUCGGGGAUGUCCUGCGCCAGGGAAAGAAGUACUAAAAGGGGAGCGAUGGGUUCAUGCAUAAUUUCUUUUUGAUCGACGGAUGUUUUCCUACUACCGGGCUCCUUUCUGGCUGGAGGAUCGGAAAAGGCUGGAAAGGACUCCUUAUCACACGCUCUUAACUUAAAAAACGCUAUGUCUAUGGUGUUCAUUUGGAUGUAUUUAUCACGGGAAGGGGUAAAAAACAAAAGACUAGAACACCUAGCGUGGAGUCAAUAAAAGCUGACCAUCAACCGGCCAAAAAUGAUAU